GAUGGCUAGAUGAGUAAUGGUUAGUGACUUAGUAGCUAGGAUUUUAUUUUUGUGAUUUUAGGGGUUUGAGAUGACCUGAUAUCUCCACCUCAACUUGUCCAAAGCCUGGUUUCAGAAGCAUCAGCAGCUCUCGUGGGCCAAAGUAUUUACAGUGUGGUUUUGUAUUUAUUGGGAUGUGGAAUCCAUCCAUAGAUUGCAAUGGCAGGGCUUUCUUUGGGAUCUGCAGCAUGUCUAGCGCCAGUAUAAGGUUUCUGGGGUUGUGGCAGUUGUAGAUAAAGAGCGACAAACAGCAGAAAGAGCAAGCAGAAGCAACUCAAAGAGUCGUACAGAAAUCAAAAAGUUAUUGGAAGAGCCAAAUCAGAGAGAGAGAGAGAGAGAGAGAGACCAGGAAUCUGGAUUUCCAGAGGAAUCAUGAGCAAACAGUGAGGCCUAUCCACCAAGUUACAGCCCCAAAACAACAAGAACCACAAGAACAAGACCUUGGCACGAGCACCCACUGCCAACAUCCAACUCCUCCAAACUGUCAACCCCUUGGUCAAGCCGUAAAUUCCCAUCAAACAGAAGCACCCAACAAACAAAAUUUGGAACCAAACCAGAGACAAUGAAAAGCACAGACAAACUACGGGCAUGAAGAGCACCGGAGGAGAGAUAGUCCAAGUCCAAGGUGGCCACAUUGUCCGAUCCACAGGACGAAAAGACAGGCACAGCAAGGUCUACACGUCGAAAGGUCCCCGGGACCGUCGGGUCCGGCUCUCAGCGCACACUGCCAUUCAAUUCUAUGAUGUUCAAGACCGAUUAGGCUACGACCGGCCCAGCAAAGCGGUGGACUGGCUCAUCAAGAAGGCGAAGUCCGCCAUUGACAAGCUAGCUGAGCUACCACCAUGGCAUCCACCUGGUACUUCUAAUUCUACAGCUGUACAACAACCAGACCCAAAUGCAGGCUCAGCAGAAUUGACAAUAGCCGAGCAAUCAGAGUCUUCUGGCUACGACUUUCUGCUCCACAGGCAAUUAGAGGGGAACCCAGACGACAAUUCAGCCUUCAUCCCACCAUCUCUAGACUCUGAAGCCAUCAAAGAUACCUUGAAAUCUUUAUUCCCCACAAGCUCUGCAACUUCCUCUCUUAAUUUCCAGAGCUACCCAUCUGAUAUAAUUUCAAGAGCCUCCAACCCCUCCGAAGAAUAUCUUGGUCUAUCCCUCCACUCUUUCCAGGAUCAUUCAACUCCAAACGACCAUAACCUCUUCUCGGGCUCGGCUUCGAUGGGGUUUGACAUCAAUUACCAAAGAAUGGUGGCGUGGAACAGCGACACAAGCGGGGAACACAGAGGUGAUUUUGUCUUCAACUCUCAAACGUUGCCACAACAAGCAUUACUGGGCCAAGGCUCAGCAUUUUCACAGAGGGGACCCCUUCAGUCCAGUUUUGCACCCCCGUUCCGCGCUUGGGAUGAUCUUCCCAUUGCCACAUCAGACCACCACAAAACACUGCCAAUUCACCAGUCUUUGGUCUGUGGAAGCCGGUUUGCCACCGAUACAUUAUCGGGGUUUUGCAUUCCCGCCACGAUUCGAGGUGAGGAAGAGCGGAGUGCCAAUAAGCCGUCCUCUGCGUCUUCCAACUCCCGCCAUUGAUUGAACAAGAUCUGAACUGUCUUCCUCACCAUUAGUUUAAGGAUUUUGAAGAUCAUACUGUUGGAUAAUCACACGGAAAGAAGAGCUUCUAGUCCAAUGAUCAAUGGUCUAACGUGGGAAGAAAUUAUCGGCCGGUUGGAUUCAACACUUGGCUUUUCUUACGAAUAAUUUGACUUCAAGUGUGAUUUUAUAUUGGAUGCUGCAUUGUUUAUAAAGUUGGCUGUUUAGCUGAACUUUGUUUAAUACAUGCUUAAGUUGUUCAAGUAAUAUGACUAUAUAUUGAAGCUGGAUUCUGGUGACUGGUCGUAUGGUCCAUGUUGUCUUUGAUUGUGCUGAAAACACAAGUAGAAUAAUACUAUUAAUCUGCUCCA